UUUGCUGGUUACUCAAAACAGCUUCCUAGAGGUUGACGUGGAUGUUAACGAUGGCAGAAACUAAAGCAGAGCUGUCAACUGACACAGCAAACCUUCACAUCUCUAACAGCAGCGGGAAUGUGUCCUCUCAGUCCAAUAAUCCACUUUCCAGAAAACUCAACAAGAUCCUGGAGACCAGGCUUGAUAAUGACAAGGAGAUGCUGGAAGCGUUGAAAUCUCUUUCAGUGUUUUUCACUGAGAACAGCCUGAGGACCAGGAGGAACCUACGUGGAGACAUUGAGAGACGCAGCCUGACCAUCAAUGAAGAGUUUGUGCGGAUAUUUAAAGAAGUUAAAGAGGAACUGGAGAAUGUACAUGAAGAUGUUCAAGCCAUGAGCUCCUGCUGUGAAGAAAUGACCAAUAGAUUAAAGGCAGCCAAAGAACAAACCCAGGACUUGAUCGUGAAGACCAACAAACUUCAAGGAGAGAAUCAUCGGUUGGAGGUUCGAUCUCAGGUGGCCCAGGCUUUUCUGUCAAAAUUUCAGCUGUCGCCUUCUGAGAUGGCCACAUUACGCACUGCACGUGAUGGUCCCAUCACUGAGGACUUCUUCAGAGCUCUGAACCAUGUGAAGAGCAUCCAUGAAGACGUGAAGGUCCUACUAAGAACCAACCAGCAAACGGCAGGGCUGGAGAUCAUGGAGCAGAUGGCUGUGUUACAAGAGACCGCAUACGAGCAGUUAUAUCGCUGGGCUCAGAAUGAGUGCAGAGGAUUGACUCAGGAAGCAUGUGAUAUUUCUCCAGUGCUGACUCAGGCUAUGGAGGCUCUCCAGGAGCGUCCUGUUCUUUAUAAGUACACGCUGGAUGAAUUCGCAACAGCGCGGCGCUCCGCCGUUGUUCGAGGCUUCAUCGACGCCCUGACACGCGGCGGCCCGGGCGGCACCCCUAGACCCAUCGAGAUGCACUCUCAUGACCCGAUGAGGUAUGUUGGGGACAUGUUGGCCUGGCUCCAUCAAGCCACAGCCUCAGAGAAGGAACAUCUGGAGGCUCUGCUCAAACAGGUCACCGUGCAAGGGGUUGAAGAGAACAUGCAGGAAGUGGUUGGUCACAUCACUGAAGGAGUUUGCAGACCACUUAAGGUUCGUAUCGAACAGGUUAUUGUUGCCGAGCCAGGUGCAGUUCUGCUGUAUAAACUUUCCAACCUUCUCAAGUUUUACCAUCACACCAUCAGUGGCAUCAUUGGUACCAGUGUUUCCUCUCUGUUGAUGACCAUGGACGAGAUGCACAUGCUCAGUAAGAAGAUGUUCUUUAACAGUCUCAGCGUUCACGCCAGCUGGCUAAUGGAUAAAGUUGAGCUCCCUCCUCCUGAUCUGGGUCCCACUGCCUCCCUCACUCAGACUCUGACGCUCCUCAGAGAGGUUUUGGCCUCCCACGAUUCCUCUGUGCUACCUCUUGAUGCCCGCCAGGCUGAUUUUGCACAGGUGUUGUCCUGUAUCCUGGACCCUCUGCUGCAGUUGUGUACAGUAUCAGCCAGUAACCUUGGCACAGCUGACAUGGCCACAUACAUGGUGAAUUCCCUCUACAUGAUGAAGACCACGCUGGCUCUCUUUGAGUUCACAGACAAACGAUUGGAAAUGCUGGAGUUUCAGAUUGAGGCACAUUUGGACACUUUAAUCAAUGAACAGGCGUCAUACGUUCUGACCAGAGUCGGUCUGAGUCACAUCUACAGCUUUGUCCAGCAACACACCACAGAGCAGGGGCCAUUGGCAAAUCUCCCCGGCAUGGACAGCACAUCCUUAAAAACAGCUAUGGUUCAGUUUGACCGUUAUUUGGCCUCCCCUGAUACACUUGUAAUGACCCAGCUCAACUUUCUACUCAGUGCCGCUAUCAAGGAGCAGAUCUUCAAACAGUCCACAGAGCUAGUGUGCCGGGCAUAUGGAGAGCUGUACAAAGCUGUCACCAACCCCGCAAAUGGCUAUAAAGAACCAGAAUCUGUCUUGCACAGAUCACCACAGCAGGUACAGACGCUCCUGUCCUGAGACAUGCAACAUUCACACGUGAUACGGCCUACGUGCGAUAACCAAAGCACAGACAACAUACUUGGUGCGCUGGAGCAAUGACAGAUUCUGGCCGCAGGACUUCCUAAUGUGUCGUUUGGUGAUGGGACAGAGUUCUAACAUGAGGAUAUUAUGGAAAGGUAAAUUAAAGACAGUGACUGUACAGAAAUGUCUCUGUGUGGAUGUUCUCUACGGACGAUGCGUUUUUCCAGAGAAGAGAGAAUUAUUUGUUUUUCCUUCCUGCGUGAACGGAGCAAACUGCAGACUAUUUCAUAACCCUACGCAUAUUUACAUGCUCUGAAAUAUACGUACAGUCAUUACAUUAAAUACACGGGGUAUUUUUCUUUACACACAUACGGCCACAGAGAGCGUGAUGUGACUCAGCUUUAGUCUGUAACCAGAAACAGUCUUUUUAAACAUAACUGCAUUAAAAUACACCCAAACAUU